AUGGAUCAGAUGAAGAAGGCCCUCAGGGGUAUCUUCAGGGGCAAGAAGUCCAAGAAGGAAGAGCCAAAGCCCACGGCCACUUCUGAGGCUUCUACCACGCCUGCGCAAACCAAGCCCAACGAGACUACGCCAGCUGCCCCCGCUCCCGCAACUGCGCCCGAGCCCGUAAAGACUGAGACGACACCUGCAGCCACAAGCGGUGCGUCUGCGCCCGCGCCUGCUGAGCCCGCUGCAGUUCCAGCUUCGGAUCCCGCGCAGAGCGAGACCAAGAAGGAUGAAGUUGCUGCAUUGGCUGAGGUCAAGCAAGCCACGUCGACCCCCGAACCCGUUGGCGCCGUCGCGCCCGCUCCCCCAACUGCUGCUGAGGCUCAGCUCACAGCCACCGAUGCCCCAAAGGACACUGAAGCCAAGGCGACAGAUACACCUGCACCAGCCGCCUCAUUAGAUCUUCCUGCGAUCCCCAGCAGCAAACCCGCUGCUGGAAUGAGCGCCACAAGUGGGCCAAUGUUUGAUGAGCCCAACUUUGGCGAGGAGAAGCCCGCUGCGCCAGCUGCACCAGCUGCGGCACCAGCUCCCGCCGCGCAGGCUGAGGAGCCUGUUGCCACCACCGCUGCUCCUGCGCCUAGCACCGAGCCCACGGCGACUCCUGCUGUCCCAGCAGCCGCUGAGGACAAGGCGGAGAAAUAG